AUGCUGGUUCGUUCUAUUCUCAGAUUUGGGGCCCUAGGGAUUCUUGCGUCAAUUGUACCGACAACGGUCAAUGGCGUGGUCUCUGACACGGUACCAGGUGUAGGUGAUAACAAGGCAGGCGAUGGUGCAGUACCAAAGCAGGAACCUUUGACUGCAAACCCCGCUGGUGCUGCUACCGGUAUGAUUGGAAGUGGUACUGGCGGCGAUCUCUUGGGUCAGUUGACUGGGCCAGGUGGCCUGCUUGGGGGUCUGAGGUUCACGGAUCUCAGCAAUAUCCUCAAUAUUGACUGGAAAAAUAACAAGCAACUCCUGGGUCUUGGUGGGAAGCAAGAGGAUGCUAAAAUCACUCUUCUCGCCCAGAAAAGGGCAAAGGAGAAAGGCACCAAGCCCGAAGAUGAAAAAGAAAAUAUCAAGAAAGAGAUGUUGCAAGAUGCGCAGGAAGCACAUGAGAAAGCAGAAAAAGAUCGAAUUAUGGGUCGGCUCAAUGCUUUCCACGCCUAUGGCAUGCAGAGUGUCGAGCAAGUUGUCCGGCCUAAAUGGACCAUUCUGUUCGAUAAUGCCUUCACUGCGGAUGAAUAUUUUCGACAGGUCAUCACUGAUUAUGCAACCUACUACAAUAAGAGCCGUCAGGGCUGUGUCGCGCGCCCUCACCCUCAAAUCUUCAUAUUUCCACAUGGAGUUGGGCCGGCUAAUCUUGAGCCUGUUCGGAACUACGGGAAUUAUACCGGCAAGUUAUUCUUUAAUCCGGUGAACGAGGCAAGCAUGCAAUUACCUGCGCUUCCUAUCCAGGAUAAAUAUGGUUAUGUGGUUCAGAAGAGUGCAUAG